CCUCUUCUUCUUCGACUCGCUCUCUUGCCUGUUUUCCCUCCCAGACGCGUCCGGAACGCCUCACGCUCACGACGUCUGCCUCCUUAUAUUCUCUUAUCCCUAUCUAUCGGCCCCCUCUAAUCCGACUCCUCCCCCACUCUCCCUCUCUCUCGACUGCCCUCUCCACUCAUGUCUCUCAAGGCAGAACUCGAGACCUGGGCCGCCGCCCUCGCCGCUUACGACGCAGAGGACUUUGAAAAGUCCCUCGAACUCUUCGCAGGAAUCGCCGACUCCUCCAAGAUCCUCACCAACAUCGGCCUCAUCUAUGCCACCCUCGGCGAGCACGAAGCCGCCGUAGAGCAGUUCACGGCCGCCACAGAGCUCGACCAGUACCUUGCCGUUGCAUACUUCCAGUGCGGCGUAUCCAACUUCCUGCUCGCGCGGUACGACGCGGCGUACAACGACUUCUCGAGCGCGCUGCUGUACCUGCGCGGGAACCAGUACAUCAACUACGAGCAGCUCGGGCUCAAGUUCAAGCUCUUCAGCGCGGAGGUGCUCUUCAACCGCGGCCUCACGCAUAUCUACAUGGGCAACGCCCAGGAGGGGCUGGCGGACAUGGAGGACGCGCGGCGCGAGAAGGCGACGGAGGAGCAUGGCGUGAUCGACGACGCGAUCCAGGACCGCGGCGAGGGCUACACCGUGUUCAGCAUCCCCGUGGGCGUGCUGUACCGCCCCGCGCAGAAGAAGCUCGAGAACUCGAAGGCGCGCGACUUCCUCGGCAAGGCGAAACUCGUCGCGGCGGAGUCGACAAACGACCUCUUCACGGAGUUCACGGGCGUCGCGCGCCUGAAGCAGGGCAUCACGCCCACCGGCAUCUUCGUCGACGACGGCCCGAACGCGGGCCUCCAGCGCGCAGCCACCGUCGCAACGAGCGUUCCCAAACCGGCGAACGGCGACGACCCGAAGCCGCCCGCGCUGCAGCGCGCGAAGACGACGAUCACCGUGCCCGCAGACGCGCGCGACCGCAUCCGCGCCGCGAACAUGGGCGGCGCCCCGCCCAACACGCCCCCCAAGGCCUCGCCCACCUCCCCCGCCGGCGGCGCAGGGCAACUCGGCCGCAGCGCGACGUCCGCAGGUGCCGGGCGUGCGCCCCCACCGCUCGGCCUGAACGGCCCGACGCGCGGGCUGAGCAUCCGCAAGGGCGGGUCGCCGACGGGCGCGGGCGGCCAGGGCGCGGGCGGGCGCAUGACGGAGUUCUACGACGACUACCUGGACGGGUACACGGGCGAGGAGGAGGCGGCGCAGGCGGUGCCGCCGCUGCCGCCCAGUGCGGAGGGCCGCGUCGCGAACUGGGUGAAGGGCUCGAAUGCGCAGGGCGCGAGUGUGGGGCGGAACGGGACGCUGAGGGGCGCGCCGCCGAGUAGUUAUGCGCCGAGCGCGGCGGGGACGGGGAGCAUGCGGCGGAAGCUGACAAGGAGGGGGACGGGAAGGGGGCCGAGCUCGAGGUCGGGGAGCAGCUUUUAUGGCGGGUAUGAGGAGGAGGAGGAGGGGUAUGUGAGUGGGGAGUAUGAGGAUGUGUUUGAGAUGGUGAAGAUCCGUGUCAAGUUGUACUACCGGGAGGAGGUGCGCGGGAUGGCGCUGCUGCCGGAGACGCCGUACGAGGAGUUCAUGGACAUGGUGCAGCGCAAGUUCGGCGUCGUGCCGGGCGCGCUCGGCAUGAAGUUCAAGGACGAGGACGGCGGCAAGGUCACGCUGCGCGACGACAUGGACUACGAGCUCGCGAUCGAGACCGCGCGCCACCACGCGAAGGGCCGCCCCGAGGGCCGGCUCGAGAUCUGGUGCAUGGACGAGUAGGCGCGCGCGGUCGGUUCGGGUUCGUCGUUCGUGUUGGGUUGUUAGGAAGGAUAGAUGGGGAGGAGGGGUGGGGUGGUUGCUUGGCUCGCGGAUCUCUGCUGUUUUCUUACUCUCACUCUCUCACUCUCGCUCACGUCUGUGUCUCUCCCUCUGGAUCUGCGCCUCUGCCCUGCAUUUCUGUGUCUAUAUACCACUAUCUAAUGUUAUCCUCGGUGUACAGUUGCGGAGCUCUCGCGUGUGCGUUGGCGAGCAAGCGAGCAGAGCUCUCGCGUGCGGCGCUGGCGAGCGGGCGAGCAGGCAAGUGUUCGGCUGAGACUGAAAGUCUGCGUGCUCGCCCACCCAGUCUAUACAGUACAUAACACGAUUGCGACUCUGCGUGAGCACUGGCCCGCUGGCAAUCAUUCAUGCGGCUGCUGCGCUCUUCUACUGAUUCCGACGCGCAAUACCAGUCGUGAAACGAAGCAAGAUAUCAAGCUCGAGAUUGCUCGCCGGCGGCUGCGUCAUCCAGUCGCAUGUCCGGCGGGACGUCGAGCGCGCAGUCUUGCGCAACGUUCCCUUGGAAGGCGACCGGUCGGCAACCCGCGUUUCAACGCCAAAGUCCACGGAUACCACCUCCCCUUGUUCUGGAUCGGCUCCCCUUGCAUCGACCAGAAUAACAGCGUGGAGGUCUCCGAGGCGAUGCCGUCAAUGUACGGGUGGUAUGCGCACGCCGCGAUCAUCUGCGGCUCAGGACCCGUCGCCCCUUCCCUCUCAAACUACAAUAUCUCCCUCCCCAGGAUCCCGACCCUCAACACCAUCGUUACAUGAAUGCGGUAUCCCCUCCGCGCUACCCAC